AUGUGGUUCUCAAAAUCUAAUUUCCCAGUAGAUAAAAAAUGUGCAUUGAUUAUAGGAGGAUCUCAGGGAGUUGGAGUCGAUUUGGCUGAAAAAUUAUAUAAACAAAAUUGUUCAAUCAUAUUAGUUGCAAGAAAUAAAUUGAAUUUACAAAAACAAGUUGAUUUCAUAUCAAACCUCACUGUUAACGAAAACCAUACCGCGACCGUUACUUCUAUACCGUGCGAUGUAUCAAAUUAUGACAACUGCGUCACCUUGUGGAAGGAAAUUACAACCAGAGGGUAUGAUCCUACAAUAAUAUUUUGUUGUGCUGGAUCAAGUAUACCAAAAUUAUUUCAGGAUUUAACACCACAAGACUUACAACUGGGGAUAAACAUAAAUUACAAUACUGCUUUGAAUGUGAUUCACUCGGGUUUCAAACAUAUUCAACAAUCCAAUCCACAACACCAAUCCCCACAGAAUUGGUCCAACAGACAUAUAAUAUUAUUCAGUUCAGUUGUUUCAUUUUUCCCAUUCAUAGGGUAUGGACAAUAUGGACCUAUGAAAUCAGCAAUAACAUCAUUAUCACUUGUAUUAAGACAAGAGCUAAAACCAUAUAAUUUUCGAGUUUCGUGUGUGUUUCCUGGUAAUUUUCAAAGUGAAGGUUAUGAAGAAGAACAAAAGACAAAGCCAGAAAUAACAAAGAAAAUUGAAGGUCCAAGUAAACCUAUAAGUGGUUCAGAAUGUGCAGAGAUAAUAAUUGAUCAAUUAUCCAAAGGUUACGAUACAAUAACUACUGAUUUCAUAGGCUGGGUUUUAGGAUGUAGUGUAUUGGGAAUGUUACCUAGACAAUGGUCAAUUUUUCAAGUUCCAAUGAGUUUUAUAUUCCUGAUAAUUGCACCUAUAUUGAAUUGGCUGAUUAACAAUGAUAUAGCUAAAUCUUUCAAACAAAAUUGA